GUUCUCGUCCUCGCGCUGCUUGGGAGAGUCAUACUGAAUCCUGCAGUCACUGACAACGAUCUUAUUCUAAGUGAAAGCAAGACGGCGCGUGUCCUGUUAUUGACAGCGCACCCGGACGACGAAUGCCUCUUCUUUGCUCCGACGGUGUCGUCACUGCUCACACCGCCUUCUACCUCACACUUGUCAGAGCGCAAUGUAGAGCUUUAUUCGCUGUGCCUAUCCAUAGGCAAUGCAGGUGGCCUCGGAGAAGUCAGAAGGGACGAGCUGGCACGCAGCCUCAGUGUCCUCGGCAUCCCAGAAACUCGAAGGUGGCUCGUUGACCAUCCCGAACUGCCGGAUAACAUUACUCGUUCAUGGGACGCGGAUGUCAUAGCUGACACCAUCAAGCCUUACGUGCUGGCGAACAAUAUCACCACGAUUCUUACAUUUGAUCGCGACGGCAUUUCAUCGCAUCCUAACCACGGCUCUCUCCCUGCCGGAGCGGCCCGUCUCGUCGCUUCUCUGUCAACAGCCUCCCCGACAAGGCCACCGCCACGACUUUUCAGCCUCAUCACCGUCCAGCUGGUGCACAAAUACAUCGGCCCCCUCUCUGCUGUACUGGCAAAAUACGAUCUCAUCUUCGCUUCGUUGUUACGCCGCUAUGGCAUGGACAGCCCGCGCCGCAUGCCCGUAUUCAUUUCGGGCAUCGAGGGGUACAAAACGGCACUCCGGGCGAUGAUGCAGCAUCGCUCGCAGCUGGUGUGGUUCCGCUGGCUGUAUGUCUCAUUCUCACGCUACCUGUGGGUAAACGAGUGGGUACAAGUC